AUGGCGUUGCUUUCUCUCCAGUAUCGGCGACCCAAGAAGGUCGACUCUGAGACCUAUCAGCAGCGCCGAGAAGCGUUGGAAGAAGCUGCUGAAGGAUCUGUCAAGUCAGGGGUUUCUGGCGCUUCGUCUGGUAUUCCAGAUGCCUUGAGCUUUGAUAAAAUCAUCAACGGUGGUACCUGUCCACCCCUGGCUAUCCGCGAUUUCAUGAAUUACCUCGUCUAUGUUGAACACGCCGCCGAAAACCUCCAGUUCUAUCUCUGGUUCAAGAAUUACGAAAAACGCUUCGCCGAGGCUAAGGGUAGUGACAUUGCCCUGGCACCGGAGUGGACUCAAGCCAUGGAGGACGAAGUUGUUGCCAAAGUUCGGAAAGAGCAGGUUGAUAAAAUGAGGCGAGAGCCUGCAGCAACGGCCGCCAUCUUCAAGGGGACCGAUUUUGAGAAGCAGCCCUGUGACAAGAAGGCCAAUCCUUUCAACACCCCCCCUCGAUCUCCGAAUGGUGUCUCGGAUGAUCAUGACACGCUGACGACAUCAUGGGAAGUCAUGACUUCGGGCGGAACGUCAAACGCUCAGUCUACCUCCAACGCCAGUUCGCGGACACAAGCUGCAGAAGCUUUCGUGACAGCUGGUGCUAGACUUCCCUUUACCAUUCAGCCGUUUCACCAGGAGAUCAAUCGCAUAAUAACAAGCUACCUCAUGGACGGUGCGCCACGGCAGCUUAACUUGGCUGCGUGGGAGCAGAGAGCAACAGUCCAAGCGCUCUCUCACACGACGCAUCCAUCUGCCUUUCGAAUUCUCUUCAAAAGUGUCGACUCGGCACUUCGACUCCAGUCGCAUCCUAAUUUCAUUAGAUGGUCCAUCUGCAACGGCAAUCUCCCCCGAGUUUGGGCCGGACGCGGCUACCGAGCUCUUCCUCUUAUUGCCUGGGUAUUGGGUAUGAGCACAUUGGUAGCCGCCUAUAAGGGCAUGUGUGUUGUCUUGCACGGCUUGCAUCACCGCCAUGUCCGCCCGUGGGAGCUCUACGAGGAUGAGCCAUGGGUAGUCAAGUAUCAGGAGCGGAACAUUGUUCGUAAAAUCUUUGACCGUGAGAUAUGGAUCCAGGAGCCUGCUUUGAGGCAAAUUCAGGACACCAUCUUUUGCCAAGCACUGCUAGCUGGCCUUGUUUUUGGUCUAAUUUUCAUGGCAGUUUUUCUUGCUGUCCCAGGAGGCCACUUCUUUUAG